GGAAAAGGACCAUAGAAAGCUUCCUCCUCCACAGGAUGAUGACAUGAUUCAACAUUGUGAGCAGUAAAACUGGAAAAAAACUGCCAUCUGUACACGCAUAGAUCUAACUCCAAGCUUAUUCCACAGUUCUGUGAUGGAUUACCCACGUGAAGUGGAUUUAGAGGACCUGUGCCCAGUGUGUGGAGAUAAAGUUUCAGGAUACCACUAUGGCGUCCUCACCUGUGAAAGCUGUAAGGGAUUUUUUAAAAGAACUGUGCAAAACAAUAAGAUAUACGCCUGUGUGGAUAAUCAGCAGUGCAAAAUUGAUAAAAGUAAAAGAAAAAGAUGCCCUUUCUGCAGAUUCCAGAAGUGCCUUAAUGUUGGAAUGCGACUAGAAGCUGUCCGUCCAGAUCGAAUGAGAGGAGGCAGAAACAAGUUUGGCCCCAUGUACAAGCAUGAUCGUGCCCUCAAACAGCAGAAAAAGGCUUUGAUACAAGCCAGAAGAUUGAGACUAGAAAGCAGCUCACUUUUAGUUUCUUCUACCAACCAAAAAGAAGUUACUUUUACCAGCAAUAUCCACUCCUUUGCUAUCCUUCACAACACUGUACUAAACAAAAACCAACUUCCUUCAGUAUCUUUGUCCGUACCCUGUAACUCAAUUGGUGUUGCACAGUACCAAAGCACAUUUCCAUCUAACUGGGCUGUGAAGUUAGAGCACUGCAGCAACUCUGCAAAUUUAGCAGCCUUUGCUGGGGCAGUCAUUUGUCCAUACGACACAUCCUCCAGAUCCGUUACUACGCAAGGUCCAAGGAUUCCCCAGCUUGUGAUAGAAUUUCUACGCUGUGAUCCACAUGAGUUACAGCUGCAGGGAAAGAUAUUUUCUUGCCUGCAGCAGGAGCAAUGCUGCAGGCUCAGAAACCCCAGCACCAUUAGCACAAUGUAUGUCAUGGCUGACCAGCUGUUGUGCUCCAUUGUGGAGUGGGCUCGUACUUCCAUCUUCUUCAAGGAACUUAAGGUCUGUGACCAGAUGAGGUUGCUGCAUAACUGCUGGAGUGAGCUGUUGGUUCUGGAGAUAUUCUCCAGACAGGUUCUUUAUGGAUUAGAGGGCAGUCUGCUACUGAUCACUGGGCAGCAGGUGGAGCCGUCACAUACAGUCUCUCAUGCUGGGCCUGGUUUUGCCAGCCUGAGCCAAAGAGGGACAGAGCUUGUAGAGAAGCUUCGUUUGCUGAAAGUAGAUCGUCAAGAAUUUGCCUGUGGCAGGUUUCUUAUAAUGUUUAACCCAGAUGUGAAGGAGCUUGAAGAACACCAAUUUGUAGAAAGUGUGCAGGGGCAGGUUAAAGAAGCCCUGCUGGAGUACACACUGACCACUUCAUCUCAGUACUGCAACCGUUUCACUCGUCUCCUACAGUGUCUGUCUGAACUACGUUCCCUCAGCACACUGGCUGAAGAUUACCUGUACUGCAGACAUCUGAGUGGUGAGGUGCCCUGCAACAACCUGCUCAAUGAGAUGCUACACGCCAAGUACAGCUGGACAUGAACAUUCAUCUGUACAUAACUGUUUAGCAGAAUUUUUCUAGAAGAACAUGCAAUUCACAUAGCUAUAGCAGUAUUAUAGUAGUAGUAUCAGUAGCAUAAAAAAUCUCUUUUUUCUCUGCUAUGAACUCAAAGUGAAUGGUAAAGAGGUGUUUGUGUUUAUGCUAUUAUUUUCAAGUUCUGCUACAAUUGUUCUGAACUUUUGUUGCAUUGAUUUAAAAAGGAUUUUCGGAGAUAAUGUGACAAAUCAACACGAAGUAGUGCAGAAUUGUGCAGUGGUAG